GUCAAGCUAGCAGCCAGCUAGACAACUGUAAGCUAGCUCAGAUAUAAAUUAGACAAAGAAACCUUGUGAAGAGACUGAAUGAAAAAGAGUUCAAAGUGACGGACGGUAAAAGGAGCAAGUGUAACACAAAGCUAUAUGCGUUACUCGGUGUAUAUGGGAGUAUAAAACUGAAAGUGUGUCAUGAAGAUGGGACCAUGAAGGAUCCUGUGAAACCAUAGAGAGCUCCACCUUUACACAUUUCAACAUUAACGAGAGCUUUAAGGACGUGAGCGAGUGGUACCAGGAAGCCGGGGAUGUCACGGGUUCCCACCCCUCCUCCUCCAGGGGAGAUGUCAAGUGGACCUGUGGCAGAGAGCUGGUGUUACACACAGGUCAAAGUUGUGAAGUUUUCCUACAUGUGGACCAUAAACAACUUCAGCUUUUGCAGAGAAGAAAUGGGGGAGGUGUUGAAGAGCUCAACGUUCUCCUCUGGCCCCAACGACAAAAUGAAGUGGUGUCUGCGAGUCAAUCCGAAAGGACUCGACGAUGAAAGCAAAGAUUACCUGUCACUGUAUUUACUUCUUGUUAGCUGUCCAAAAAGUGAAGUCAGAGCAAAGUUCAAGUUUUCUUUGCUGAAUGCUAAAAGAGAAGAGACGAAAGCGAUGGAAAGCCAAAGAGCAUAUAGAUUUGUCCAGGGCAAAGACUGGGGCUUCAAAAAAUUUAUAAGAAGAGAUUUUCUCCUUGAUGAAGCCAACGGACUUUUACCAGACGACAAGCUCACCCUGUUCUGUGAGGUGAGCGUCGUGCAGGACUCUGUGAACAUUUCGGGCCAGUCCAACAUGAACAUGCUGAAGGUGCCUGAGUGUCAGCUGUCUGACGACUUGGGGAACCUGUGGGAGUGUUCACGCUUCACAGACUGCAGCCUCUACGUGGGGGGGCAGGAGUUCAAAGCCCACAAAUCCAUCUUGGCAGCGAGAUCUCCGGUUUUUAACGCUAUGUUUGAACAUGAGAUGGAGGAGAGUAAAAAGAAUCGUGUGGACAUCAGUGACGUGGAUCCAGAUGUCUUUAAGGAAAUGAUGGGCUUCAUCUACACAGGGAAGGCCCCCAAUCUGGAAAAGAUGGCCGACAAUUUGCUGGCAGCUGCAGAUAAAUAUGCUCUGGAGCGUUUAAAGGUCAUGUGUGAAGAGGCCUUGUGCAACAGCCUUUCAGUGGAGAAUGUGGCCGACACCCUCAUCCUGGCUGACUUGCACAGUGCCGAGCAGCUCAAAGCACAAGCCAUAGAUUUUAUCAACAGGUGCAGUGUCCUGAGACAGCUGGGCUGUAAAGAUGGAAAGAACUGGAAUAGCAAUCAUGCUACGGAUAUAAUGGAGACCGCGGGCUGGAAGUCAAUGAUCCAGUCCCAUCCUCACUUGGUAGCCGAAGCCUUCCGCGCCCUGGCUUCGGCGCAGUGCCCGCCCUUCGGUCUUCCCAGGAAGCGUCUAAAACAGUCCUGACUGCCCGACUGUGCCCCAGGACUUUACAGGAGGUGUGAAGCAUGGGUUUACAAAGGAAGGACUAGUGAGGGUACCACUCUGAUUCCCACCAAAACGGAAAACACUUGAAUAAAGAGGAGUGGAGCUUUCUGGCCAGGGAUGUGGGGAGGCUGGCACGUUGAAGACUGACAUCAAUGGAUUGGGGGGGGGAAAAAAUUGGUUCAAUCGGUGUUGCUUGCUUGCUUUGCUGCCCUAAAUGAAUUCACUUCAACCCGGGUAGCAAGCCAAGCUGCCUGCUACGUUUUUUUUAUUUUUAUUUUUAUUUUUUUUUCCUGUAAUUUUUGAAAAUGGCCUUAAUAUAUCUGCCAUUGCUCUGGAGCUGCUCUAGAGUACUUUGUCUAUUUUACUCUGUGCCUGCCUUGUCACAAAGACCAGGCCUCCUCCAGGUUGCACUAGUUCCCAUGAAUAGUCAUUUUGAUAUGGAGUUCUAUAGGAACGUAACAAAGGUUUAACUAAAUGGGAAAUAUUAUAUAUUUGUAAUGUUUAGCCCGUUUUGUGACUAGACAUUAAAAAGCAUGAACACUUUCAGUGCAAGGUCAGUUCUUUACACUUUUUAAAAGAUGCAUAUGCCCCAUAUUGAUGGCACCAUUUCUAUGUAAAUGACAGUUGAACCAUCUUCAGAAGACCAAUGUACAAGAAAGUCUGUUCUGUUGCAUAUUUGUGGGGGAAAAUAGUUAUCUGCCAUUAUGAAGACCCAGUGUCAAUCCUUGUAAAACAUGUAAGACAGAAAAGUGUCUGUACUUUGGCCCUAAUAUAUUAAAACAUUGGAAGUAUUUACUCAGUCUCCCAUUUGAACAACAUAUUCCAGAUCAUACGUCUGUGAGCCGUUAUAGAUGAAAUUUUGAGAAUUUGUUCAUUUAGUAUCGCCAACUUGCAAAUAUUAUAUAUUCUCAAUAUAUUGUGGUUAACUAAAAGUGGAGAGACUAAUGCAUGGUCAUGUUAUUGUCAAAAGAAAGUGUCCAAGUACAAAGUUUCUUUUUCUUUCCUUUUUUUUUUUUUUUAUUUCCAACAAUUCAUCAUCUGCAGUUAUUUGACAUAUAUUGUGCAGAAUGAAAUGAAUUGAGUAUGUGCAAAAAUGUCCUCUAACAUGCUUGGAUAUCUGUAGGAUGCUGAGCAUCACUUCUACCGGCAAUGUUAUUCUGUGUUUGAAUUGGGGGGGGGAGGGGGUCGUCAUGUUUAUUCAGUCCGUCUCGUACGUAGUGUGGUGUGACACAGACACUUCCCAGGAUUUUGUAAAUUUAAAAAGAGUAGCAUCAUUUUUACAUGAUAUUACUCCUCAUUCAGCGUCAUGUUGAGAUGUUGAAGUUUUGUUCGGAAUC